GGGGUAUUGAAGGGAGAUAACAGGUCCCCUUCAUGCUUCAAUAUUCCAACCUUUGAAGGGAGAGAUGGGAGAUAACAGGUCCCCUUCAUGCUUCAACAUUUUAACCUCUUUACAAGCCCCACAGCUCAUCUUCAUUAUUUUCAUGGCUUUCCCAAAUUCCAUUCAUGUGAAUGUGAUUCCCAAAUUUUAAUUUUCUUUCUUACUCUUAUUUCUAGUCAUCCCACUCCCUCUGUUUAACCACCCUCCCCUCCCCUCUAUCUAUCUAUAUCCUCAAUCCUACAUUUCCUUGCCCCCUCUGCCUAUCCUAUUCCUAUAUAUAUAAAGACACAUGUUAGCUACAAACCUGCACCUUUUGUCUCUCUCGCAUCUCUAUAUUUGCCAGAUAAUCAAGAGAGAGAUUGGGCUUGGGCUCCUCCUCCCUUUUUGAAUAUCAAGAAAGAAUGGAUCCAAUUGUGAUGGAAGGCUGGAUUGGAGGUAAUGUUAAUAGAGAAGAAAGUGAUGGUCAGUUUGUGGGAGCAGCAUAUAAGGAAAUGUUUUCUGAGAGUUCACCUAGGAGUCCCUUGUAUACACAUAGCCCUGCUGAGACUGAUUCCUUUGAUUUGGCCAUGGAUGGGGCUAUGGACACCUCCAUUGAGCAGUUAUAUAACAAUGUUUACGAGAUGCAGAGCUCUGAUCACUCGCCAUCUCGUCGAAGCUUCCUAUCAUAUGGAGAGGAAUCAAGAAUUGACUCCGAGUUGAGGUAUCUUGCUGGUGUGGAUUAUGGAGAGGUGGAGGAGAUUAAAAAGGAGGUGGUGGUGGAGGACACGGGAGUUGGUAUUGUUUCGGACCGAGAAAAAGGAAAAUGUGAAGAUGAAAAGUUUGGUAAGAUGAACAAUAAUAAUAAUAAGCUUAAUUCUCCAGUAAAAGUUACCCGGAAACCAAAUCCGAGGACCAGCAAGUGUUCUCAUGGUAGAACGCCUUUUACGAGGAAGAUGAGCUCGAGCUCAACGAACUUGAGGAAGCUAAAUACUCCUCAGUCCUUGAGGAAAGGAGGUGAGGAUGGUGGGAAGGGGGGUAAGCCUACGUAUCUCGGGUCAUAUCUACUCAAACAGGCAAGGGCCUUGGUUUCCUCGGGGGAAAACGAUCAAAAGGCUCUUGAUUUGACUCUCCGUGCCAUAAAGUCUUUUGAGGUUUCUUCGAAGCCCAACUCCUCCAAUUUGGAGUUUGUCAUGUGUUUACACGUUGCAGCGGCGUUAUACUGCAGAUUAGGCCGGUACCGAGAGGCAAUCCCGGUUCUUGAGAGGUCUAUUGAAAUCCCGGCAAUGGAUAAGGGCCAAAAUCACGCACUGGCUAAGUUUGCAGGGUGUAUGCAAUUAGGAGAUACAUAUGCAAUGCAGGGUCAGAUUGAGAACUCCAUCCUGUUCUACACAGCCGGGCUCGAGAUUCAGAGGCAAGUGCUCGGGGAAAAAGACUCCCGGCUUGGUGAGACGUGUAGGUAUGUGGCUGAAGCCCAUAUUCAAGCAAUGCAAUUUGACGAGGCCGAGAGGCUUUGUCAGAUGGCUCUUGAAAUCCAUAGAGAGAAUGCCCGCCCUGCUUCUUUCGAAGAAGCCGCGGAUAGGAGACUCUUGGGGCUGGUUUAUGACUCCAAGGGAGAUUACGAAGCUGCUCUCGAGCAUUACGUUUUGGCCAGCAUGGCCCUGGCAGCCCAGGGCCAGGAAGCCGAGGUUGCAGCUAUCGACUGCAACAUUGGCGAUGCGUAUCUCGCUCUGGCACGAUACGACGAGGCUAUUUGUUCUUACCAAAAAGCUCUCACCACGUUUAAGACCAUAAAAGGAGAGAGCCACCCAUCAGUUGCAUCAGUCUUCGUCCGCUUGGCUGAUUUGUAUUACAGGAUAGGAAAAUUCAAGGACUCGAAAUCAUACUGCGAAAACGCUCUCCGUGUUUAUGCUAAGCCAGCCCCAGCCCCAGCAACGCUCCCCAAAACCCAACCCGAAGAGAUUGCCAGCGGCCUCGUUGAUGUCUCUGCAAUAUACGAAUCAAUGGACGAGCCCGAACAAGCACUCAACUUACUCCACAAGGCCAUCAAAGCCUAUGGAGACGCACCGGGCCAACAGAGCACCAUUGCAGGAAUCGAAGCCCAAAUCGGGGUUCUUUACUACAUCUUAGGGGACUACUCAGACUCUUACACCUCCCUUAAAACCGCCAUUGACAAGUUCCGGGCAAUCGGGGAGAAGAAAUCCGCUCUUCUUGGCAUUGCCCUUAACCAAAUGGGGCUCACCUGUGUUCAACUCUACGCUAUAAACGAAGCUGCAGACUUGUUCGAAGAAGCAAGAAGCAUCUUGGAAACCGAAUAUGGUCCAUACCACGCUGACACACUGGGAGUCUAUAGCAACCUUGCUGGCACUUAUGAUGCCAUGGGAAGGACUGCUGAUGCGAUCGAAAUCUUGGAAUUCGUGGUUGGAAUGAGGGAGGAUAAACUGGGAACCGCAAACCCAGACGUAGAUGACGAGAAGAGAAGGCUGGAAGAGCUGUUGAAAGAAGCAGGAAGAGUUAGGAACAAGAAAGCUAAAUCCUUGGAAGCACUUCUGGGCAAAAAAACACACCCACUGAGAAACUGGGAACUUAAUGUAUUACAAUGUGUAUAAUUCUUUGUUUUUACCAUCACUUGAUUGUAUAGUAUAUAUAUAUUACAUAUACAAAAAGGAAUGACUAGGUAUUGAGUCGUUAUAUUCUUGAAAUCUGCUUGUAUAUUAAUCAAGAGCAAUAAUGACCAUUUUUUUUUUUUUUUUU